AUAAUAUAUAUUUAAUAUAUUUUAAUACCUAGGUUUAACAAAAACGAUAUUGAGUUUUUGGGAAAUUAUGAAAAAGUAUUACAACCAAUUUCCAUAAGUCUGGACAUGCUUCAAGGAGACAAACAUAUGAACUUUGGAUUUUUACUGCCAACAAUUGAAGAACUCUCUUCAAAAUUUACACUUAUGUCUCGAGAUGAUACCAUUUCUAAAAGUAUACAACCUCUUGUGUCUGCUUUGCUUACUGGCAUUAAUAAAAGAUUUGGGGAUUUAUUACAAAAUAAGUUUUUAAUUAUUGCAUCAGUGAGUAAUCCUUAUUUUAAAGUGGCAUGGAUUAAAAAUGAUGUAAGAAAGCAAAUGGCUAUGGAUGCAUUUAGAAAUGCUUGUUUACAAAUAUAUGAAAAAGAGUGUGUUUCCAAUACUCAAGAACCUAAUAUUGUAGAAAGUUAUGAUGAACCAUCAUUGGACUUUUUUACGUGGUCUUCUUCAAACAAUAUGAAUGGUAUAGAUUCGGUAGAUAUUGAAAUUAAUCAUUAUUUUAGGACUUCGCCAACAAAAAACUUGGAUUGUUUGCAAUCACUUCCUAUACUUAAAAAAGUAUUUAUUAAAUACAAUACACCUCUCCCCAGCAGUGCUUCGGUUGAAAGGGUAUUUAGUGUAGGAGGAGCUACGUUAACAAAAAAGAGAACAUCCAUUAGUGACAAGCAUUUUGAACAAAUAAUGUUUUUAAAAUGUAAUAAUCAAUGCAAUAAUAAAUAAUAAUAAAAUGAUGA